UCUUACUUUUUUUACUCCAGUUAAUAACUGGCAAUUAUUAGACUAGGACGUGGCUAACAUAUUAUACGGAGUAACAUUCUUUAGAGUUUGACUAAGAAAAUGGAAUUUAUUAUCACAAAAUAAUGCUUCACAUAAAGUCGGACUUUUGUCCGAGAACUGACCGCUAAACGGUUGUGGUGGAAAGUACCGCUCUCCUCACACCUCCCCUAUGCCUCCCCCACUGGCUACUGGUACAAAGGGGUUGUAAAAACAUCACAUGCCAGAGAAGCUUUCAGUACCGGGAAAGGCAGACAGUGGGAGGAGUGCGUUUCAAAAGGCGUCACAACAUUAAACAGCGCUCUGCUACAUCUGGUAACUUAGUAUUUCACGGACUUUUCGUUAAAAGACGGUACAAGUCCUCCUGCAGAAACGUUUGUAUAAUUGUACUACGUUGUCAGGCACGUUUGCACUGGAAGCAGCGUUUGUGUUCGGCGCCUGGUUGCUGCGCUGGAAUCAUUUUGUUCAUAACAUUUCCCCUCUUUUUGACUGUAAAUUUUCAUCUCUCUUGUACUAACUGCAGUACUUUGUUUCCAGAGUUAACUGUAUAAUCUGAUAACGGUACCCCACUUUGGAAACAAGGUUUCCAAAAGAACUAGAUUAAAAUCUGCAAGGGUACCAUAUAUACAUGCUGCUGUGUUUCGCCCUGGGGAGACAGUCUGCAUCCAUCUUUUGUACCAUUGAUGCUGAAUAGGUGAAGAAGUCGCAGUGCUACGUUUAACACAAUCCGGCUGACGGGCGAGUGUGCAAAAGUUUAAAAGUCGCAUGCAGCGGGUGCACAGGAGGGCGAGCAUGCAUUCAGAAGUGGCAAACAAAUGAAAUACUGGACCACACAAGCUGGCAGCAAACGAUUUUGUAGUUAUCGGUAACUUGUGGAACUGCUAAACAUCCAGGAUUACUCUGUGUAUUCACCGCAACGUGAAGAAGACGUCUCUUUUUCCACUUUGGGAAAAGCACUGCACUCACUUGUUGGUGUGUGCGCACUUUGUAAAUGCAACAUUUUAAAGUAAGCAGGCAUCUGAUCAUGCAGUCCAUACAAAAGCAGCUGCCAGUGGUAUUUGUGUUACUAUACGUUCUUGUGCAAGGUGGGCUAGCUGUCUCGGUGCCGGGGCAGGUAACUACAUGCGAAGCAAAUGGCAGCACUUACUACGUGGGGGACUGGUAUUUCCUAGAUUCGGAUCACUGCAUGCAGUGUGAGUGUACAGAGGAGGGAGCGGCUUGUGCCCGCACGGAAUGCACUGCACUGCCCCCGGCCUGUAUCUACGUCAGUCACUACCCCACCGACUGCUGCCCCAGGUGUGAGAAGAUCGGCUGUGAGUACAGAGGAGAGGUCUACGAACUGGGAGAGCCCUUCCAGCCGUCAGAAUGUGAGCAGUGCAUUUGUGAGAUGGAUGGAGUUGCUCGCUGCCUUGUUGCAGACUGUGCCCCGCCUCCUUGUGUCAAUCCACUUUACGAGAAGGGAAAAUGCUGCCCAGAAUGCAAAGAUGGUCCAAACUGCUAUACUAAUGCAUCACAUACUCGUAUAAUGCCCGGAGGGAAGUAUGUAUGGAUAGACUCGUGUACAAAAUGUCGAUGCCAUGAUGGUCAUGAUGUUGGAUAUUGGGAAGGCAGUAGAGUUGCAAAAUGUACCACGACACCAAACUGCAAACCUGAUUCUGCUGAGAACCAGUGACUCGCAUGCUGGCAAACACCUGCAAUGAUGAACAAACACACUAUUUUAGUAGCUGUUGUUACGAAGUUGUAAUAAAAUAGUUUUAUGUAGCUGAGUCUGCUGUGCAGACUGCAUUCCUCCUACAGUUUUAAGUAACGUAUUCCAGGCUUUUAAUAAUUACAACUGUGGUGUUAUGCAUUACAGAAUAUAAGGAAUCACUUAUGCAAGUUUUAAAAAUGCAUAUAUUGGAAAAAAAUUAUAGUCAAAGCUGUGUGUGUGUGUGUGUGUGUGUGUGUGUGUGUGUGUGUGUGUGUGUGUGUGUGUGUGUGUGUGUGUGUGUGUGAAGAUAUUUAUAAUUUGUGCUUGUGGCCUUGAUUGUCUAGGAUUAUGAAGCGGAAAGAACAGCACUAUACGUAAUAUAGAAGGUAUAGUGAAAAGUAAGAUUCCAGCAGUUAAGAAUGUUUGUGUUUGUUGCUUAGCUGAAGCAUUUUACAUUAAAAAAAAAACACAUUUAUAUUCAAAAAUUGUACUGUUGUACCAUGGAGGGAUGAAGUUCUCUGAUGUAGCUUAAUGCUGACUUGGGUAUCUCUCUAUUUCUGGACAUCUUUCUGCUAUAUUAGUUACAGAACAGCUGUAGCACUGUCAGUCAGGGCAAGCAUUCAUUUACCCCCUAGAUUAUUAAAAAAGAAGGCAUGCAGUCUAGACUGCCUUUUAACAUUUGCAUGGAAGCAAGGAAAUUGCAGGGGAGAAAACUGACUGGUGCAUAGUUUGAAGCAGAUCCAUGUCUGUGAGCAACAAGAAUGUUGUUUUGCUGAUGAAGUGUGAUAAUGUCUGACAUUUGACAAAAACAAUCAUAACGUGUACUAAUUGUUUAACUAAUUUGCUAUCUUGCAUUCAUCCUUUAAAAAUGUAUUAGAAUGUGUACCAGUAACUGUGGCCAUUGUAAUUUUAAACUCCAAACAUAUUAGUUUAAAAUUAGGUGAUGUAUUGUCAAUUUCAUUUUCACUAGCAGUACUAUACCACACACACUGUUAGCAUUGUGUUCUCAAUUAGAAGUCGCUGUGUACUUAACUCACUAUAGUUAUUCAGUCUUUUUCUUCCAUGUCAUACCUAAGGAAGGUCCUGCAGACAAUGCUUUCCAGAUUUUGCUCUGUUGUGAGACAGUGACAUACAAGUAACACCUAAAAGCUCAUGAUUUUUAAGGAUUAUCUUUUAAAGCAUGAAAGCAACAGGAAUGUAAUUGUUUUUUAAAAAAGAAAAAAAUAAUUCCUAUAUUUAUCUACAUGAGUGAGUGUGUGAGAAUAGUUGUCACUGGGAAAUUAGAGCUAGUAUUUCCUUGCUCAAUAUGAGUCUUCCCAUACAAAAUAAUUCUUAUAUUUAUCUACACGAGAAUGUAUGUGUGUCUGUGUGCAUGUGUGUGUGUGUGUGUGUGUGUGUGUGUGUGUGUGUGUGUG